CGCCGCAGAGUAAGCAUCAUUAAAGUCUCCCCUCCCACCGCCGUCAUGUCUAAGUCAGAGUCUCCCAAAGAGCCUGAACAGCUGCGGAAGCUCUUCAUUGGAGGUUUGAGCUUUGAAACAACCGAUGAGAGUCUGAGGAGCCAUUUUGAGCAAUGGGGAACGCUUACGCACUGUGUGGUAAUGAGACAUCCAAACACCAAGCGCUCCAGAGGCUUUGGGUUUGUCACGUAUGCCACUGUGGAGGAGGUGGAUGCAGCCAUGAACGCAAGGCCACACAAGGUGGAUGGAAGAGUUGUGGAACCAAAGAGGGCUGUCUCAAGAGAAGAUUCUCAAAGACCUGGUGCCCACUUAACUGUGAAAAAGAUUUUUGUUGGUGGCAUUAAAGAAGACACUGAAGAACAUCAUCUAAGAGAUUAUUUUGAACAGUAUGGGAAAAUUGAAGUGAUCGAGAUCAUGACUGACCGAGGCAGUGGCAAAAAGAGAGGUUUUGCUUUUGUAACAUUUGAUGACCAUGACUCUGUAGACAAGAUUGUCAUUCAAAAAUACCAUACUGUGAAUGGCCACAACUGUGAAGUAAGGAAAGCCCUCUCUAAGCAAGAGAUGGCUAGUGCUUCAUCCAGCCAAAGAGGUCGAAGUGGUUCUGGAAACUUUGGUGGUGGUCGUGGAGGUGGUUUUGGUGGGAAUGACAACUUUGGUCGUGGAGGGAACUUCAGUGGUCGAGGUCGCUCUGGUGGCAGUCGAGGUGGUGGUGGCUAUGGUGGCAGUGGGGAUGGCUAUAAUGGAUUUGGUAACGAUGGAAGCAACUUCGGAGGUGUCGGAAGCUAUAACGAUUUUGGCAAUUACAACAAUCAAUCCUCAAAUUUUGGACCCAUGAAAGGAGGAAAUUUUGGAGGCAGAAGCUCUGGCCCCUAUGGUGGUGGAGGCCAAUACUUUGCCAAACCACGAAACCAAGGUGGCUAUGGUGGUUCCAGCAUCAGCAGUAGCUAGGGCAGUGGCAGAAGGUUUUAAUUACUGCCAGGAAACAAAGCUUAGCAGGAGAGGAGAGCCAGAGAAGUGACAGGGAAGCUACAGGUUACAACAGAUUUGUGAACUCAGCCAAGCACAGUGGGGGCAGGGCCUAGCUGCUGCAAAGAAGACAUGUUUUAGACAAUACUCGUGUGUAUGGGCAAAAAACUCGAGGACUGUAUUUGUGACUAAUUGUAUAACAGGUUAUUUUAGUUUCUGUUCUGUGGAAAGUGUAAAGCAUUCCAACAAAGGGUUUUAAUGUAGAUUUUUUUUUUUUUUGCACCCAUGCUGUUGAUUGCUAAAUGUAAUAGUCUGAUCAUGACGCUGAAUAAAUGUGUCUUUUUUUUAAAUGUGCUGUGUAAAGUUAGUCUACUCUGAAGCCAUCUUGGAAUACUACCCCAACAGUGUGAAGUUAGAAUUCCUUCAGGGUGAUGCCAGGUUCCAUUCGAAAUUGAUUUGCAACCUGCUUGGGCACAGAAGCCG